AAAGACGGAGCGAGGCCGCCGUCCUGCUCGGUAGUUAGCUGCCGCUGCCCCUCAGCUGAGCGUUUCUUCACGGAUAUGAUUGACAGAGUCAGCAGAGGUGCACACGGGCAUGUCGGCGCACUCUCUCGGUUGUUAUCGUAACGGGAAGAACCGCAGCAUGGUCAGCGGAGAAAGAGUUUGUCACCGUCCGCACACGACAGCGAGGAUGUCGUGUGCGGGAUUAUUGAGGAUGUUAUUUAUUGCUUUCAUUCACACGACGCGGGCAAACAAACAAGCAUUCAUUCAGUCAGACACAAUCCUAGAAGUUCUACAUUUCGGUGAGGGAAGCCUUCUACAGGCAGAAUCUGACAUCGACUUUAGUUUAUAUCAUCAACAGAGCGCGUCCCCACACCGUGGGAACUGCCGGCCUAUACGAUUCGAACCUCCGAUGUUGGACUUUCACGAACAGCCUGUCGGAAUGCCAAAAAUGGAGAAAGUUUAUUUACAUAAUCCCAGCGCGGAAGAAAUUAGUUUGAUAUCUAUAUCUGCAACAACAGCGCACUUCCAUGCAUCGUUUUUCCAGAAUAGGAUAAUUCCACCAGGAGGGAACACGUCAUUUGAUGUUGUGUUUCUCGCACGAGUAGUUGGGAAUGUAGAAAACACUUUAUUUAUUAAUACAUCACAUCAUGGAGUGUUUACGUACCAGGUUUUUGGGGUCGGCAUUCCAAACCCAUACAGACUGCGGCCCUUCAUAGGAGCCCGAGUCCCAGUAAACAGCAGCUUCUCUCCUCUGAUAAACAUCCACAAUCCCUUCAGUGAGCCACUGCAGGUUGUUGAGAUGUACUCGAGCGGUGGGGAUCUGCAUCUGGAGCUUCCUACGGGCCAGCAAGGAGGCACUGGAAAGUUAUGGGAGAUUCCUCCCUUUGAAACGAAGGGGGUGAUGAGAGCCAGUUUCUCAUCGAGAGAUGUCGACAACCACACAGCUUUCAUCAGAAUCAAAACCAACGCUCCCAACGAGGACCAGUUCAUCAUCCUCCCGGUGGAGGUGGAGGUCACAUCAGCUCCUGGCAUAUACUCGUCAACAGAGAUGCUCGACUUCGGUACUCUUCGAUCGCAAGAUCGUCCCAAGCUCCUGAAUCUGCACCUUUUGAAUUCUGGAAUGAAAGACGUUCCAAUUACGAGUGUACGCACAACACCAUCAAAUGAAGCAGUGACAGUAGACUUCAAAGCAGUUACACUCAAAGCCGGAGAGAGCAGAUAUACCAAAGUCGCAAGCAUAAGUUUUGAUGCUUCAAAGGCAAGACGACCGUAUCAGUUCUCUGGUAAAAUAACAGUAAAGGCAAAAGAGAAGACGUAUUCCAAGCUUGAAAUCCCGUACCAGGCGGAGGUUUUGGAAGGCUACCUGGGCUUUGACCACACAGCAACCCUGUUUCACAUCAGGGACAGUCCCGUGGACCCGGUGGACCGGCCCAUCUUCCUCACCAACGCCUUCCACUUUGCCAUCUGCAUACACAACGUGUCGCUGCCAGAAGAGGCCAAAACGAUGUUCAACGUGCAGAACUUCAGUACUCCCAUCCUCAUCCCUCCGCACGAGUCGCGCUACAUCUUCUCCCUCCUCUUCCGGCCCGUCCGACCGUCCAUUCACAUCGACAGCAACAUCCUGCUCAUCACCAACGCAUCCAAGUUCCACCUGCCGGUCCGUGCCUACACUGGCUUCUUGGAGCCCCUGGUCUUGCCUCCCAGUCUGAAGGAAAACCUCCUCGACUUCGGUGUCCGCAGUGCAACAGACACCAGCAACAUCAUAUUUGUGGUGGUCAACAGUAACCCCAUAGAGCUGGAGAUUAAGUCCUGGCUGGUCACUGGGGACAGUCUCUCCAUGGAGCUGCUGAAGACAGAGAAAGGAAACACGACAGUCGCCCUGAGUCGCAUGCGAGAACUGCAGAACACGUCAGCUUCCCAUCACAAAACGGUGAUUUUAGGGUCGGGUUAUUAUGCAGCCUUCAGAGUGACGCUGGUGGCCAAAGCGCUGGAGGGCAUGUACGACGGAGCCAUACAUAUCACCACCGAUUACGAGAUACUGACGAUCCCAGUGAACGCUCUGAUCGCAGUGGGGACUUUAAACAGCUCUCCCAAGCACAUCGUAUUGCCACCUUCGUUUCCGGGGAAAGUCGUUCACCAAAGUUUCAGCAUCCAGAGCUCCUUCACACAGAAAGUGAGGCUCCAGCAAAUCCGCUCGCUCACAGAGGACAUUCGGUUCUAUUACAAACGGCUCCGCAACAACAAGGAUGAGCUGGAGCCUCGUCGUAAAUCAAAAGUGGCAAAUAUUUAUUUUGACGCCGGUUUGCAGUGUGGUGAUCACUGCUACGUGGGCCUGCCAUUUGUGCUUAAAUCGGAGUCCAAACCUCACGGGCUGGCGUUACAGGAGGACAUCUGGGAUGCUGACGUAGACCUUCACCAAAAACUCCUCAGACGAUGGAAAGAGCUGAAUCAUCUCUCAGGACAUAAGGUUGAAGCAGUCUUUGAAGUCAACACAGACCUACAGAAAAAUGUGCAAGCUCAAGUAACGGCGCACUUGAUGUGGCCUUCUUUGGUCAACUCUUCCCAGCGAAUCACAUUUCCUCUAACCAACACUAACAGCUCUUCGGAUGAGGAGGUAGUUCUUCAGAACCCCGCAGACGUCCCGGUCUACGUCCAGGUUCUCCCCCUGGCUCUUUUGCCCAAUCCUUCGGUCUUUUCUGGAAAGCUAGCUGACAGGUUGCCAUUGGGAAAUUUGUCAAAUAUCAACAUUGACCCAGCCACACUGGAGUUCCAGGUCCACAGAAAUCAGACAACUCUGUUAAAGACCAGCGCAGGUUUCACAGAGGGUUCAACCAGACCUUUUGUGUACAACCUCCUCCUGCUGCCAGGAGAGGUCAAGUCCUUCAGCGUGCGCUUCACUCCUGUCAGCAACCACAGCGUCUCCUCCCUCCUCAUCGUCAGAAAUAACCUGACGGUGAUCGACACCAUCGUGCUUCACGGUCGAGGUACGACCGAGAGUCUGAAGGUGGCCGGGAAGCCGCCGGGACAAGGCAGCUCUCUGAGGUUCAAGAUGACUGAGGCCCUGCUGAAAGACUGCGCAGAGAAAACAAAAGUCAAAGAGCCAAACUUCACCCUCAAAAGGACCUUCAGAGUGGAGAACACGGGGCUGCUUCCCAUCACCAUUAAAUCAGCAGAAAUCAACGGGCAGCCGUGUGAAGGAUACGGAUUCAAAGUUCUCAACUGUCAAGAAUUUGCACUUAAGCCAAACACUUCGAAAGACCUCAUCAUACUGUUUACACCCGACUUCACCUCGUCUCGAGUGAUCCGGGAGCUGAAGCUGGUGACAUGCGGGGGCUCUGAGUUCGUCUUCGUCCUGAACGCCUCCUUGCCCUACCACAUGUUGGCCACGUGUGCAGAGAUCCUGCCCAGGCCGAGCUGGGAGCUGCAGCUCUACAUCGUCGUGUCUCUCAUCAUGAGUUCCAUGUUUCUGUUGGUGAUCGCCACAGCCUACCUGGAGGCUCAGAGCAUAUGGGAGCCUUUCAAGAGGAGAGUUUCUGUGGAAUCCAAUUCAACGCUGGAGACUGGGAGACCCUUUAAUCUCAGGGACAUUGGGCAAAUUCACAGUGACUCCAAGUUGAACGACUACAGCGACUCGCAGCAGAGCUCCAGAGGGUUAUACACGUCCAACAACGGAGCGGCGCGCGGCGGUGGGCGACAGAACAACAGCCGCACCCUCUCAGACCCCGACGGCCACGACAAGAGGUCCAGGAUCGGCUUCGGCCGCCCAUCUAUGCAAGCGACCUCCUCUCCGCUGACCAAAGGAAGUUUGAACUCGGGCCCCGACGGUCUCUCCGGCGCCUGCCAGUUGACCAACCGAAAAGCUCGCAACCACAGCAAACAGCAGCUGGACCUCCAGAGUCCAGCUUUAGCGGGGCCGUCGGCCCCUCAGAGAAACCUGUGUGCCGAGGAUGCCGAGUAUAACAGCCUGGUAGGAGCCAUGGACAAUGACCUGGACCGUCCAGACUCACUCAGCACUGAAACUGUACAGGAGCCUAGCUCUCAGUCCAUACAACACAAAGUGUUGGAGUCCAAAGGGAAGCUGCGGGGCAAAACAAAAGCCCAGAGAAAGAAGGAAGAAAAAGAGAAAAAGUUAACUGUGAAGACUCAGGGAGACGAGCUCAGAGACACCCUGGUUGAUAAUGACGACAGCUCCUCCACCACCACAGAGACCUCCAACCCGGAUGUGGAAACAAACAUCAAAGAGGAACCCGUAAAAAAGAAAGGGAGGACAGCAGCCAGCGGAAAGGUUAAAGAAGAAACUUCAAAUUUCCUCAACAAACCCAAACCUAAGAAACAAGUGGCCACAAAGAAAGAGAGCCCAGCAGAGAAAUCCAGUUCUCUGGAGCUGCCAUAUGUAACGCCGCUGGAGAACAAACAGCGCAAGAGCUUCACGCCCAAAGCUCUGCACACACUCACCAACAUCCCAAAGACCAGACCCCUUCCCAAGCAGAGACCUGCGGAGGGGAAGCAGGAGGAGGGCCGCCCCUCUCAUUUUGCCAAGCCGCUGUCCAGCGGCAGCUCCGUGCCGGAGCUCGGCCACAGCAGCAGCUCCGAAGGCGAAAAGGAGUUUGCUUCUCCAGAGUGGGACGUCCCCAUAUCCAAAAACAGCAUCCCUGACAGUCUGCAGCAGAUCUCUAUCCAGACCAUGAAUGCAGAUCCAUUCCUGAAGAGAUCGGUGUCAGCCGGGACCUACUCCCCCCCUCCGACCUCCCCCAGUUUACUGACCCGGGGAACUUACAGCAGCGUGCUGAACAGCAGCAGUGAGGGACUCCAGAAGAAAGCUCCUGGUAACAAGCUUCCCUCACCUUCUCCACUCCCGGGUAAAAAUGGAAACCCCACCUUUGCUGCAGUUGCUGCUGGUUAUGACAAAAGCCCAGGGGGCUCCGGCCCAGGUAAAAGUGACAGCCAAGGAAAGAGUCUGGCACACAUGACCUCAGUGGAAAGUGACAGCUCCGACAGCUCUGGAUUGUGGAGUCCGCUCGACACAGCCAGUAGUCCCAGCUACCACUCUGUCAACUCCUUCUCCGCGUUCGGGCCAAACAACUCCUUCAACCUGACGGGAGUUUUCAGCGGAAUGAAUCAGCCGAAGACGUCGGAGCCUCAGCAGAGCUGGUCUGAGUUCACCUCGGUUACCAGCUCCUCCAUCUGGGACAUGCAGAGCAGUGACCCGCUGCACUCCUGGCCCAGCAGCUCCAGCUCGCCUACUGCCCAAACUGCAUCACUCCUGGGGAACGCCUCCAGCCCGUGGUCCACCACCACGCCCUUCGGCAGCUCCAUCUGGUCAACAAGUGCAGAUUCGGCCUUAAACCCCUUCUCUCCGACGACCAGCUCGGCGGGGCUGACCGACCUGGUGGGCGGGUCCGCCCAGCCGCCGCCGUCCCCGUCCGCGGAGAUGGGUCGUCCGUACAUCCCGUGGAACAUGUGGCGCCACCCGUGGAGCAGGCGCAGCUCCGAACCCUGGCCCAGCUCCUCCGACAACGGCAACUAGAACGAUGCCCUGCGGAAACCGCGCGUGCCCUCCCAAUCAAAUUGUUUUCAAAUGAGAGAAUCCCAACAGGAAUUGACCCACGGCGUUGAAUUACCAACCCUGCAUUUUGAUCUCUCCAGCUUAUUAUCCUUUAAUGGUUGAAGAAAUGCUUUUUUUUUUUUUUUUAAAUCUGUUUUAGCAGAUUCCUCUAAAUUCAAAAUGUUGUUAGCAUGUUCUAUGCUAAGACCAGUGCAGUUUGUCACUGUACAAAAUGUUCAUCUUCAUGGCCUUCUGAGUCAAAGUUCAGUGUUGAUGUUGAAAACACAAACUAAUUCGAGCUAUGAUUCCCUGUUUUUCAUAAUUUUGAUUCCUUUUAUUGACGUUAAAAAAGAAACAAAAAACUAAAUGCUUUGAAAAUUCACACCCGAAACCAUUGUACCAGGUUUUUAUGUAGCAUCUGACUUGACUUGCGAUUUUUUUCUUUUUUUUUUUUUUUUUUUGUUGCUUCACAGCAAAAUUUCCCAAAAGCUUUCAGAAUUGGUCUUGGUGUUUAAUUUUUCCUUUUCAUAUUAUUUCAUAAAGUGACCCUACACUUAUUAAAAAGCCUUUUGAGGCAAUGAUUCGGUUGAACAAUCAGAAAAGUCAUUUUGAGGUUGGUAUUGGAUGCCUCUGUUUGUCUGCAAAUUUAAAUAAAAAUAAAAAUGAGCAGAAUGU